AGUUGCUUUUUUUCUUUUAAUGACCGUUGAGUUGAUAGUUGAGACCAUAAUAUUAUUCGUCCCAAUGGGCAAGGCGUGAGGUUUGUGUUAAAAAGUUCCGCUCAAAUUUUUCAUAGCCGUUGGACAAAGAAGAAGAUGAGUGGAAUUGAUCUUCGAUUUAGCCUCUCCUCUUGUUGCCUGAAGAGGAAAAGACCCGCCAACAUUCAGAUCCCUACCCUGUUGCAGCCUCAGGAGAUUCAUCCCCACAAACUUGAUCAAGAUGCCACUCCCCCAACUCAUUCCUUCUCUUCCACUGAUUUUGCAGAUCAUGUGGGGGUUUUCUCCGUCAAGGGCAAGAAGAGGUUCAUGGAAGAUACUCACAAGAUCAUUCCUUGCUUGAAAGGCCACUUAAAUAAUGCCUUUUUUGGCGUUUAUGAUGGCCAUGGAGGUAGGAAGGCAGCGACAUUUGUUGCAGAUAAUUUGCACAAUAACAUACUUGAAGUGGUGGCCAAUUGCAUGGGAUCUGCAAAUAAGGAGGAUGCUGUUAAAGCUGCUUUCUUGAAAACGGACCAAAACUUCUUGAAUCUGGGUUUAGGCAGUGGUGUCUGCUGUGUCACAGCUCUGAUACAAGGAGAAGAAGUUAUUAUUUCCAAUUUGGGAGAUUGUAGGGCUGUUCUUUCUAGAGGUGGAGUAGCUGAAGCAGUAACUAAAGACCAUAGAGUUGAACAGGAGGAUGAGCGUAAAAGAAUAGAAAACAAGGGUGGAUAUGUUGAGAUUCAUAGGGGGGCAUGGAGAGUUCAUGGAGUUCUUUCUGUCUCUAGAAGCAUUGGUGAUGCUCAUUUGAAGGACUGGGUGAUUGCAGAGCCUGAUUCAAAGAUCCUGCUUAUUAGUGAAGACAUGGAAUUUCUAGUUCUGGCCACUGAUGGGCUAUGGGAAAAGGUGGAAAACCAAGAGGCUAUUGAUGUUGUGACGCGAUCGCGAUUGAUGGAUCAAAGUUUUGGGCUAUCAAAAGGUUCCUUGAGAAGCAUUAGUCAUAAUUGUUGCUCUGUAAAUCCAAGUGCAUCAAAAGUACGGAAAGUUUCAUUAGUCACGCAACCAAAAGUGGGGGUGGGCCAAUCUUCAAUCUGUGAGAAGCCAAUGGAAAGCUGUGAAGAAGGUGAAUAUGACUAUGCUUGCGAAAUUGAAAGUCCUGGAUCGAAAUCAAGGAGAAUAUCAUUGGUCAGACAUAAAAAGAUGAAGGUAGAAUUUUCACCUAAGGAGAAUAAGGAUUGUUAUAGGAAGAUACCAACCUCCAGUAGACUUGUGGCUGCUUGUAAGGAACUUGUAAAUCUAGCUCUGAGUAGGGGUAGUCUGGAUGACAUUACUGUAAUGGUAAUCGACUUGAAAUACUUUAGGUGCAAGACCAUGCACGAUUCAAUUGGAAUUCCUGCUUGUUUCUCAUUUGGGGAGAGGGCAAGUAAUGAUCCAGGUUCAGUAAUCCGAUCAGGCCAAAGCGUGUUUAUGUCAGUGUAUCAAACAAAGAUCGUUGGUCAGUGUCGUCUAAUCACAGUGACUUGGUGUAAGAAUCUGUUACUCCAUGGUCUUUCCAUCUGUGUUCAAGGACCAGAAGGAAACGAGCAAUAUCAAUGUAAGGUUGAGAUGAAGCCAUGGUACUUCUGGAGAAAACAAGGUUCUAAGCAUUUUGAAGUUGAAGGAAGAGCUGUGGAUGUGGUUUGGGACCUCAAGAGUGCUAAAUUCAAUGGAGAGACAGAACCACAGUCAGAUUACUAUGUAGCAGUUGUCUGCGAAGAGGAAGUUGUUUUGCUUAUUGGGGAUCUCAAGAAAGAUGCUUUCAGAAAGACAGGUUGUCGGCCAGCUUUGAUUGAGCCAACUCUUGUUUCAAAGAAAGAACAUGUAUUUGGGAAGAAAAUGUUCUCCACCAGAAUUCAGUUCCAUGAGAAAGGCAAGCUCCACACCAUCUCAAUUGAGUUCAUCAAUGUCAACAAUACAAAUCCCAGUUUAUCCGAUUCAUUCGACCCAGAACUAGAGAUGAGGAUCGAUGGCCAACCAGCAAUCAAGAUCAAACACCUUCAUUGGAAAUUCAGAGGCAAUGAAUCUAUAUUAAUCAGCAGAACAAGAUUAGAAGUUUACUGGGAUGUUCAUGAUUGGCUGUUUGGUUCUGGUCCAAGAUACGGGCUUUUCAUAUUCAGGCCAAUCUCAUCAUGGUCUGAAUCUCCAUCAUCAUCACUUCCAUCAACAUCACCUACUCCUCCACCAACAUCUUCUUUAACAUCAACUACAGGAAUGUCCAUUAGAGAAGUUAUUUCUACUUCUGGAGAGGUUGAACAUGCUGCUGGAUCAUCCAAAUUUUGCUUAUUUCUCUAUGCUUGGAAGAUUGAAUGAAGAAUGCUGGAUAAUGCAAACCCAAAGAUAUGGUAAAAACAAAACUGGGUUAUCUGCAAGUUUACAAAUUUAGAAUUGAUGAACAAGAUUUAGCUCCCAAUUCCAAUUCCCCAGAAGAAGAAAAAAUCAAAGAAUACAACAACAGAGAAAAGAGAGAGAAAGAGAGAAAAAAAAAAGAAUAUUUUAGAAAAUUGAUGAACAACAAAAUGGACCCAUCAAGAGAGAGAAAGAAGAGGUAAGAAUAGAGGGAUUGAAUUAUAAAAGGACAGGAUUAGACAUGCCAGAUAGGAAAUCAUCUUCAUCCCCAAUUAUCAAUCCCUAUCCUCAUUGCCCAUCACCAGUCCAUUAUAAUCUCACAGUCACCGGUUUGUGCUCUCUCUCUCUCUCUCUCUCUCUCCCCUUUAUUUUUUUAUUUUUAUUUGUGUUUUUCUUAGUUUUCUGUUUGGUUAUAAGCCUAAAUAUUAUAAGCUUUCAUUGCACUGUCUACGCUACCAUAUGAAUAUAUCUCCAUGAAUAUCAUAACAUCUAUAUUUACAUUCUCUA